AUGUUCUACUCAGAGACUUUGCUCAACAAGAGCGGGCCGCUCGCCCGCGUCUGGCUUUCUGCCAACCUCGAGCGCAAGCUAUCAAAGAAUCAUAUCCUCCAAUCCAAUGUCAAAGACAGUGUGGAUGCCAUCAUCAUGCCUAGCCAGGCACCGAUGGCCUUGCGACUAAGUAGUCAGCUGCUUUUGGGUGUGGUUCGAAUCUACCAAAGAAAGACGCGUUAUCUUUUGGAUGAUUGUAAUGAAGCUAUGAUGAAGAUCAAAAUGGCAUUUCGGUCUUCGGGCAACAACGACAUGGCCGUCAACCUACAAAUCCCCAACCGGGAAGCCCUGACGCUUCCUGACAGAAUCACCCCAUACGAUAAUUUCGAACUACCUCCUCCACCAGACGCGAACUGGCUUUUGUCUCAGGUGGAGGAUGUGACUGCUGCUCCAAUUGGCCGCAAAGGACGCGCCAGUCAGCGGGACAUCAACCUUCAGGAAGAUUACGACAACAGCCAGUUUCUUAACGAUGGCAUGGGAAUGGAAGAUGACAUGAUUGCACCGAUGGGGAAUAUUGAUUUGGAAUUGGAUUUCGGUCUUGAUGAUCUUGGCCUUGAAGGGACAGGUCUUGAGCCCGAAGGUGGCCGAAGGGAGGAUCGCACAGCAGCUGGUCCCGAGGUUGAUGAUUCAGAGCUUGAUUUCCCCCAAAAGGACGACGAUCGAGCGAUGACUUUAGAUCUGCCCGACGAGCGCGUUCAGAUCCAUGACGGCGAAGAUCUUGACCCGAUGGUACUCGAUUUCAACCCUGACGAUGUCUCCCAAGUACCUGAUAUCGCAGCUUACCCUCCUCCUCGAAUUUCGGAGUCGCCGCUUUCCGACAUCGACGAAGACCGGGUUGCACAACUAGAACAGGAUCACUCGAGAUACCAGAUGGCAGACCUUUAUGAACCCGACCACGAGGAAGACCAAGUCAUUCGACGACCGGCACAGCGCGCCAAGAAACAGAAGAUACUCACCCCUGAUGAAGAAAUCGCUCUCUCCAGUAACCACAUCAAGCAACAGCAAGCCAACCGCGACAAUAUCAUAAGGGAGGGUGGAUUCCUUCCCCGCGACCCCUUUCUUCUGGCUUUGAUGGAUAUGCAAAAGAGCGGAGGAUUCGUUUCAUCAAUCAUGGGGGAAGGCCGAAGCUCAGCCUGGGCUCCAGAGCUUCGCAAUAUGCUCACACUAGACACUGCUCGUGGCAUGAACGAGCUCAAGCGCAAGCGUGACAGUGGCAUUGCUGACGUCGAAAGUGACCACGGCGCUUCCAAGUCUCCACGUAUGCUCGAUGUCGGUUCAGACACCGGACUUGGCUUCGAGGGCGCUUUCGGUGAAAUGAGUAUCCCCCCGGAGGAAAGCCGCCAUGAAAUCCUCGCCGAUGACGAGAUGGACGAAGAGGCAGGAACCAUGAUGCCUGGCUUUGAAGACACGACUGUUGCCCUGGUCCAUCCUGCUGAGAGCGGUCCUGUUUCUCAAGUCACGAAACACGUAGUGCACCAAUUGCGAGAGCGCUUUGGUGACGAUGCUGCUGACAGCCCCAGCAAGCGAACUCAGAGAGCAGUUCUUCUCCAGAACCUUUGUCCUAGACAGCAGACCACCAAGGCCGAUGCUACCAAAAUGUUCUUUGAGUGCCUGGUUCUCGCGACCAAGGAUGCUAUCAAAGUCGAGCAGGGUCCUGGUCUAGGAGAUGACAUCCGGAUAAGGGCGAAGCGUGGACUCUGGGGAGCUUGGGCGGAGAGAGAAGCUGGUGGUGAGAUGUCUCAAGACAAUGACGCCCCGAAUGAGCCCGAGCAUGCUGCAGUUGCUUCAACCGCAGUUGCUGUUUCAGCAUAA